GCAAUCGUAUCGCAAUAGUACCUCUAACUCCAUGCCUCUACACUCCAUACGCAAUAGAGAAUUAAUGUCAAUUGUCAUUUAAAAACCAAAACAAGGACAAAGUUUAAUUAUCAACAAUCUAAAGUAGGUACCUACUUAACGAAAAUACGUUAUUAUUUGGCCAAAAAUAAAUUAAAAACUACUAAGAAGAUUCAAAUUAUGGUUAAGUACAACAUGGACGGUCCAGCUCGAGAUCAUGUUAUGAAAUUGAUUCAAGAAAAAGAUAAAAUAGAGAGUGAAAUACGUGAACAAAAUUUGGUUCUGGAGGAAAAUAAUGUUGGAAUGCAGGAUCUACUUGUUGAUGGAGACGGAUUUCCUCGCAACGAUAUUGAUAUUUAUAAAGUAAGACAUGCCAGGCACCGCAUUGUUUGCCUGCAAAAUGACCAUAAGAAUAUUAUGAAACAAAUAGAAAGAGGGCUGGGUGAGGUGCACUCACAAUUUCAUGCAAACAGUGCAGGGACAUCAAGAAAUACUGAAUCUCACAGUGAGCACACUAACGGUUUUGCAGAAGUCUCGCACAAUGGCAAUGCAGAGUCACAUCCCGGUACAAAUGAUCAGAGUUUUGCAGUUAUUGCAUUUGUUCAAUUGGGUUCUCCUGCAGAUAUGGCGGGUCUUCAUGAAAAUGAUGAGCUUCUGGAAUUUGGAACAGUCAACACCAGCAACUUCUCAGAUCUAAACCAAGUGAAUUACCUUGUUCAGCACUCUGUUGGUCAGCCGAUACAGGUGCGAGUGAGAAGAGGCACACAUAUAUUGAGCCUCACUAUUGUACCUAGAAUAUGGACCCACCCUGGUUUGCUGGGCUGCCGUAUUGAAAGGAAAUCUUAAUAAUUAUUCUUUUACAUAUUAAUGUUAAAUGUUUUUGUAUAUUAAAAAAUAUGUAUAUAAAUUAUCUUUAUUUUUGAUUAAAAAAGCAAUUUUAGUAUACAUCUCUAGAAAUGGCUGCAACAGUUUGGAUGAAGUUUUGUAUUUACACUGUUCUCACUUGUCUUAUAAUGUAAAAACUUUUUAUCACUUUUAUGAUUAGUAUGGAUUAAGAAUAUAAAAAAAACAAGUUAAAGGAGAU